GCCAGUUAAGUCUGUCGAUCGUUGUUUCCAUGAUCAGCUAAUUUUCAGUUGGCGGCACAAGAGACAGAUCCAGCAUCACAGCAUCAAUCGAUCCUCAGCCUGGACAGACUCGAUAUGAUAGCCCUUCACUACUUCACAACCCUCGCACUUGGUGUUAACGCUCUCGCUUCUUGGCCACCGCAGGCUCCAACAAAUGCAACCUGCAAUGUUGAGGGCAGCAUCAAGCCCACAUACGGGCACUAUGGUCUCGGGGUAGACUUCGAUAACGCAUACGAAUGCUGGGAAUUGUGCACCGACGGGCGCCGGCCACCUCGAUGUCAGUCCUUUUCAUGGGAGUCGACAGCCAAAAAAUGCAAGCUAUUCGAUGUUUCGGUAGAAGACGGGGUGGACGAAGGGGAUAGCACGGGUGCACUCUACUACAACAGAGAUUGCUUUGUAUACACCCUGCGGCCGGGGGUGAACAACAAAAACUAGAGACACGCAUAUAUUAAGUAAUAAAACAAUGACGUUUAAAUCGA